AUGCUCGAAGACUCGACGAUCGGCUCCGCCACCAGGUGACUUUUCCGCCAGUACGCUUCAAAAAUUAUGAGACCAGAAGCACGGCGGCUCAUCUCAUCUGCUUUAGCGAUUCAUUGAAAAACGACAAAGAACAGUGUUUCGAUGAGGUCCGAACGGGAUUCUCCGCUUAUUGUGUGGCGCAGACGUCGUUUGGCAAAAGUGAGCAUGACCGUAAAACGCAACUAAUCUCGUGUGAUAAGACCGUCAAAUUGGCGACCAAAAGUGUAGAAAGGGGGCGUGGCCUAAUCUGAGACGCGUUUUCUAAAAAUUUCCGCAAUUUCAGCACUUUUCCGAUAUUUUUGUGUUUGAUAUCGACGAAAGAAGAGACAUUAAAGAGAGAAAACAUUGAAAUUUUCGUGAAAACGCCGCGUUUGAGACGCUAACGUAAAUAUCAGACACUAAUUGGGAGUGAGUGCAAGCGCGCUCCAUUGGACGCGGGAAAUUUGAAAGCAAAUUGGGAAGGGAGAAGUUUUUAUCACUUGUAAAAUUUUUUGAUCGAAUGUGAUCAACUGAUAAAAUGUAUAGCAAAGUGAACUCUAAUCAUAAAAAAUAAUUGUAAAUUUAACUUUUCAUACAAAAAGGUUAUUCGAUUUGUUCCGUGAAAAAGGGGGCUAACAGAAGACGGAAGGAAAUUUACUGUUAAGCAUCUCGUUGUAUCGCUAUUCGAAAUUGGCCCUUUAUUGACCGGAAAAAGGAGAGUUCAGUGAAAUCUCCUUCUCCGUUAUAGUUUCGGCACUAGUAUACGUUUCAUUCCCAAGUACUCAGGCCUGGGCGAGUUACCGGUUUCACAGGAAAAAAAACCAACGAAAAACACAAAAGGCGAAGAAGAGGCGAUUAUCAGGGCGCGCAAUCAUGGAAACCGGGGAAAUGAAGCUCAUGAAUGGCCGAAAAUUCAGGGAAUUGUGAAAAGUAAUGUAUGGAACCAUUGCAGACAACCUCUUCGAGGUGAUUCGUAUCGUUCUUGGGGAAGACGAGAAGUUUUCCAAUAAAUUCCGACAAUUUUCUGAGCCGUCGUCAAACUUUUUCAAGAUAAUCUCAGACUUUUUCCAGAAAUUCUUAAACUUUUCUAAGCAAUUCUCAAACUUUUCCAAGAAUUUCUUAGGUGGCGCCUGGAAAAGUUUAAAAAUAGCUUAAAAAAAGUUUGAAAUUUUACCUUUUUUUCCUUACCUUUCCUGGCUUUUCUCCCUUCCCAAUUUGCUUUCAAAUUUCCCGCGUCCAAUAGAGCGCGCUUGCACUCACUCCCAAUUAGUGUCUGAUAUUUACGUCAGCGUGCGUUUGAGACGUUUUUGGCAUAUUUCGCAAUACGCUCUCCGCGGCCAAUCGCCGCCGCAAUUUCGGAAUUUUCAUACCGGCCAAUCUGGAUAGUUUUGAGACGAAAUGAGUGUCGGAAGUGAUUAAGCACGUUAAUACAAGUAUUUUAAGCGCUGAAACGGCAAAAAGUAUCGGCGAAUGACUGAAAUUCGCGCAUUUUCAGCACAAAACUUGAAAAUCGAUUGAAUUGAUUCAUUUCUGAAUGAAACCUGCUCGUUUUAAACUCAAAAAGUGCGCGAUGAUUAGUUUAACAAAAGUUAUGCAAUUACAUCGCCGAAAUCAGCCAAAAUUUGGGUAAUUUUUGACGAAAAACAUGUGAAAAAUGGGGUUAAAUUUCGAAAUUCGCGCCAAAAUGGUAGGCAACGCCGCUUUCUACGUUUUUGGUCGCCGUGGAUGGCUUUUUAGGCAAAUGCGAAACGCUCGUGACGAACAGUAUGUGGGAGUUGUGUCAGUAUCUCGUCGAUUGUGAGUUCUCACCUCUCCAAUCAACUCCAUAAUAUGCAUUUAGUCGCGCCGUGCAAAUCGAUCGAGUACAGUGGUUCGGACGUGCUCUCGUCGCCCCUCUUCUGGGCACUCGCCGGUCUUUUCGUCGGAGCCCUCGGCGCUACUCUCGAAUUUCUCGUCCACUAUUAUCUGUGUCUCAGAAAAAAGCAGAAGAAGGAGCAAAUGGCGCUGUUGGGGAACACCACUGCUUCCUCGAAUCUCACUUCUACUCCUUCCAAAUCUCCUGAAUUCGGUCAACAAUAA